ACUGGCAAGCUGUUUGCACAGUUGAAGGUUUCUGUUUAAUAAAUGUCUGAAAUAGGUUCAAACAUCGAGUGAGAUUAAUUCGCCGAAACUGGAUUUGGCAGAAUAAUGACUGGAGACCAAGAAAACAUCGCCCAGCCGAGGCGAGAGCGUCAGCCGAAGUCUCGCGAGAAGUGGCGUCUGCUGACACCCAGCCGUUUGUUUUCGGGCGAAUGACGGCGGCUGGCGGAUGGGCCCGAGAACGAGCCGCGCUGAGUAACGGCGUGACACCGCAACGCUUCACUCUCACACAAUGCAGUGUUCAGUCAUCAGGCGCACCUGGCCUCAACUGUCGUUACCCGACUCUCGCCCUGGACCCUAACGAUAAGCUGUUUUAAAGAAAAGGGGGUGUGUGAGAGAGAGAGAGAAAAAAUCACAGCGUCCAUUUCACACGCACGAAACGGCGGUUGGCGAAGCUCGAGCUCUCCCAGCGGGCUGUCCGCCUCCUCCCCCGACCUGAACGCCCGCCUCCCUUUUCCAUUGGUUUCAAGACGUCACAAGACCUCGCCAUUGCCCGAAGCGCGUCCGUCAAUAGGUCCACGUCGCUGUCAUUCAGCCGGGGUGGUUGCGUUUCCGCCUUGGUGCUGCUUUGGAGCCCUUGACAACUUGAUGUUGGGAGUAUUAUCCGAUCAGAGGCGAAUAAGAACAGUCUAAGUGAAAAGUCUUGACUGGAAACAUUGACCAUCCAUUUCACUGCCCAGAUGCUACCUGACCUACUGAGUUCUUCCAGCAUCUUAUUUGUUGCUCCAGAUUGCAGCAUUUGCAGUCUUUUGUGUCUCAAUGGUUGUGAACAUCUUGAAAAAUAAAGAAGCUAAAUUCAAUAGAGUAUCCAAGGAGAAUUAUGUACUAACGUGCCUUUGUUGGAAAGCAGGAGUUUUUCCAAAGGGAGGAUGAAUAGUGAAGAAGAAUUUUAUGAUGCUGUUACAGGUUUUGAAUCAGAUGAUUCUGAAACUAGGUUGGAGAGUUUUUCUAGCAAAAGUGGGAGCAGUACAUCUGAACAGAAUGUUCGCAACCAAGGUUUGACCCAAGAAAAUGGAAUUAAGAAAUAUAGAAAUGCAUUACCAGCUCCAAUGUAUAGUAGAAAUCAAUUAAGUUUAUGGAGCAUUUUAAAGAAGUGCAUUGGAUUGGAGCUGUCAAAAAUUACUAUGCCUAUUAUAUUUAAUGAGCCUUUGAGCUUUCUACAACGAAUUACAGAAUACAUGGAGCACACGUACCUCAUUCACAAGGCCUCACUGCUUUCUGAUUCGGUGGAGAGAAUGCAGACGGUGGCUGCAUUUGCAGUUUCUGCUGUUGCUUCACAAUGGGAAAGGACUGGUAAACCAUUCAACCCACUACUAGGUGAAACCUAUGAACUCAGAAGGAACGAUCUUGGAUUCAGACUUGUAUCUGAACAGGUUAGCCAUCACCCGCCAGUCAGUGCAUUUUAUUCAGAGGGCAUCAAUAAGGAUUUUGUUUUCCAUGGUUCCAUUUAUCCAAAGCUUAAAUUUUGGGGAAAGAGUGUUGAAGCAGAACCACGAGGAACUAUUACAUUAGAACUUAAAAAGCAUAACGAGGCCUAUAGUUGGACAAAUCCUUCAUGUUGUGUACAUAAUGUAAUAAUUGGCAAACUGUGGAUAGAACAAUAUGGAACUGUAGAAAUUAUGAAUCACAGUACUGGUGAAAAAUGUUUACUGCAUUUUAAACCAUGUGGGCUCUUCGGUAAAGAACUACAUAGAGUUGAAGGAUACAUUCAAGACAAAAGUAAAAGGAAGGUAUGUGUAAUAUACGGCAAAUGGACUGAAUGCUUGUGGUGUGUGGACACUAACACAUAUGAGACCUACAAAAAAAAUGAUAAAAAGAGUGGAGACCAGAAGAAAGCUAAGGAGACAGAAGAUGUUGUACGAUCUGAAAAUGACGAAGCUGACGACAUGCCUGAAAUCCAGGAAACUGUACAAGUUAUUCCCGGAAGUAAACUACUCUGGAGGAUAGCAGCAAGGCCUUCACACUCUACUCAGAUGUAUAAUUUCACUAAUUUUGCAAUGAUGUUGAAUGAACUGGAUGAAGAAAUGCAAAGUGUUUUGGCACCAACUGAUUGUCGUUUUCGACCAGAUAUCCGAGCAAUGGAAAAUGGAAACAUGGAUUUUGCUGGUGCAGAGAAAGAAAGAUUAGAAGAGAAACAACGGGCUGCUCGUAAAGAGAGAGCCAAAAAGGAAGAAGAAUGGAGAACCAGAUGGUUUCGACAGGAUAUCAAUCAGCAUACACGAACAUUGGACUGGAUUUAUACAGGGAAGUAUUGGGAAAGGAAUUAUGAAGAUUGCCCUGAUAUUUACUGAAGAUUUAAAUUCUCCAAAUUUUGUUGAAUGUCGAUCAAAUGACUUUAACAUUUCUACUACUUCUAAAUCUUCUACCUGAUCUAUCUGUUUGCUUUUUAUUUCGUCUUACUCAUACUGAUGUCAAUACCAGAAUCUCUUAACUAUAAUGUUUUAUGUGCAAUAAGGUUUUGGAAAAGUUUCCCCAACCUUCAUUUAUAAAUAAUACAAUGCUAGAACUGUUUGAUGGUAUCUCUAAUCUGGUGUAAUUGAAUUGAGCACAACAGUUGAGUUACCAGUAGAAUCGUUUAGGUGGAUUUUCUGCGGACUUCCCCACAGUUCUCCAAAUGGCCAACUGUAUUGAUUGAUUAAUUCAGCCAUACCGUGUAGGAAGGCAUUGAUUCAACCUUGGUUUGUGCUGGGUUAGGAUUUAGUCUAGCUAAAGCCAUUCCUGGAUUAAGAUUGGAUAAACUGGUGAGGGGAUUCACUGGUACUAUACAUUGGUCCUUUCUUGAAGCAUGUAUUUAUAAACAAAAGAAAAGGACAAAUAUUUGGUGCAGUUCUAAGGUCCACUAGGGUGAAAGAGCUUGCAGUUGGUCACUACAAAGACUCGCAGAUGGAAUUUGGCCUCUUGGAUGGAGUACCAUAGAGCAGCUGCUGUGCUUGCAACUACAGAGAAUGGCAUCUUCAAGAGAAAAUGGAGGAAAAACUGAGCAAGAAAGAAGAGAUUAAUGAAUUUGCUUUACCAGGGCUUAUGACUUGAAACCAAGUACAUAUGUUUUAAAUAUUUAGUCAAUAUAAAUCUAUAUAUGUAGGUCUGAAUAAAAGUUAUAAUUCCACUAGAAAAGUAUAAACAUUAACUUUGUAUUGUUUAUUUUUCCUUUUGUUCUCCCAAAAUACAGUAUCACAUUGGAGCAGAAGUGGUGAUCUUUUUAUAUAAUGAUUGCAGUUUAUUGAGAGUUUUAAUUAAACAUGUUGGGAAUUGGGAAGAAUUUUUUUUUAAAUCAGACUGUAAAUAUAUUCCCAGUAAUCAGAAUAUUCUGCUGGGUGCUAUGUUAGAUGCUAUCAAUGAACCUAUAAUUGGUGAAUGGGAUUGAAAUACACAUAGCUGUCAAGCAGCCUGUAAACAAAAUAUUCAGUGGUGUUGCACGUCUUAAUGUUAAAAAAAAUCAUACGAGACCUUUCUUCAUUUUUUUUUGCUGCAAUAGUGAAUAAAUUUUUUCACCUCUGUUUUUGUGAUGGUCAAUUGAAAUUUGGAGUUUUAAUCUCCCCUGUAUUCCUUGUCCCGUAUAGAUAAAUUCCACUACUUUUUGUUGGCUUGGAUAACGAGUUAAUGUAAUAUCUUCUAUCAUUACUCAAUGUCUUCAGUUAAUUAGCCCACACAUCAGUGGGAAAGGCAUUUUGGAAGUCUUAAAGGUGAGAGUACAAAUGUCAGCAGUGAGCUAUCCAUUUUUUUUAAAUCUGAAAUUGUUAUCCCUCUCUGUGAGAGUGAUUCUGUAUUUUUAACAAUUGCUCUUUUGCAGUGAUCCACUUUAAUGCAUGAUUUGAAUGUCCCCAGAUAUGUACAGUUUUAGAAGUAUAAAACCGCUGCUUGCAUCAUUGUUUACAUAAAAAUUACUAAUCCAAAAAUGGUCAAAAAGUUUGUAUCUGUAAAUGUUUUAUUGCCAAAAUGAUUUUUUUAUUUAUGUGCAUGUAAUUUGUUGUUCCAAAGCCAUACUGUUAUUUCAACUUGAAUUCACACAUAUAAUUUUCUGAAUUAGGGUAUCAAAUUGUAUUUAAGAAAAGUAUAUUAUCACUGGGCUUGAAAUGAUGGGAAAUUUUAUUAAUAAAUUGGUAAAUCCUAUUUACUAACUGUUGUGAAUCAGUAAGAAUUCUGAAAGUUAAAGAACAGCAAUAGUAAUCCAGUUGAUAAGCAGAAAUAAUUCACUAUAAUGGAAGCAGCAGUUUUAAAAAAUACAAUCACUAUUUAAUUUCCCCUUGUGCAGCCCAUCUAGAUCUAAAUGGGUAAGGUGGAAGAAUGGGUGUGUUUUGGGAGAUAGGUAGGGCAAACCCUGAGUUUCACCCCAAAUCCCAAACUGUCUGUAAGAGCUUUGAAAAGGUAAACAAUGAUGAUGAAGAAGAAUGGUUCUAAAACUUCAACAGACCUUUUAAAAAAUAUUUUUUAAAUUGUCAGCUUUUUUCCAAUUGUAUUGAAGAAUAUAGAAUUACUUUCACAGCAGCAGGCACUCAUGUACAGUUGUGCCUCUGAGGCUCAACAAAUGUAAAAAUAUGAGGUUAAGGUUUUUCUAGAUGUAAUCUAACAUGUUUUGGUACUAUUUUUAAUCUCCAAAUUGUUAAGGACAUUUCCAUCCUGUUAAUCUGGUGUUGAACUAGAAUUGUUCUGUUAUUCAUAUUAGGGUGUAAAUGAGUAAAUUGCAUAUGCAGCAGUCUCCCUUAUUAACUUAACUGUUUUAAUAAAAGAAUUAAAUAAUAUUCUACACACAUAUAAAUGGAGGUAUUUUACCCAGAGGGAGCAUUGUUUGGUAAGGGUAUUUAAAUUUGCAUGUUAGAUACAUAUUACUUAAGAAAUAAAUCACAGCACUAAGCUAUAUAAUGUACAAUAUUUUUGUCCCAAGGAGUUUUUUGCCUCUAGUACAGAAGCUGUAAUGCAUGAAACUUGGACAUUUACCCAGAUCUCACAUAAUUUGGAAGUUUGUAAAUAAAAUGUAUUAUUAUGUGACAGGAAACAAGUGGUUGUUGUAAGUGGUGGUUUGGAAAGAAUAGAAUGAUGUAUUUAAAGAUGCCUUAUUUAUUUUUGCUAUCACAUGGGCUGAUGUUUCAAGCUAUCAAAAGUAUGAUACAGACUUUUCUGUUCCUUCCAUCUUUAAUUUUAGCUAAACCUUUUUUGAAUGUUGCUGAAAUGAUCUAGCUUUGUGGUACAUCCAAAAUUUAAGAGUAUAACAUGGUAAAACACUUUAUGGUACUAAAGAUUUGAAAUAUAUAUAAAAAGGUAAAGAAGAAUUGAUUUUAUUUUUGGUAGUUAUUAAUUACUGGCCAAAUGGUAAUUAAAGGGGACAUUGUCUCAUUUUCACAUCAAACUUGUAGAUCUUGGCCUUUUUAAAUAUAGUAUUGUGACCUAUACAAUUGUCACAACUUGAAUUAUGUUCUUAGUAAUUCUAACUUUGUACAGAGUAAUAUUUCUUCCCAGCUUCUUCUCUCCCAAAAUAAACUGUUAAGUUAAAUGACCUGUUCUGUUUUCCACACUCUGUAAAACUGGUACUUUCCAAAUUACCCACAUGUAAAUGUUGUUCCUCUAUAUAACAUUUUUAAACAAGAUAAUGUCAUUUUAGCUCAUGAGUUGCGUUUAUUUGAUUUUUUUUACGAAACUGAAGUUCUGUUUGCUAUCUAGUUUACAAUUGAAUAAUCGUGUACACUGAUUUGUAUACGUUAUCGAGCUACAAGAGUUCAACUCAUUUUACCUUCUUAGACAGCUGCUUCUCAGUUGAAUUGUUAAACAGUUAUUUCUUUGCCUUACUAAAUGUUGCAUGAAGAGUUCAGUUCAUAAAACAAACACUUAUGUAAAAUUGACUUAUUUUUAUAAUAUUUAAAUGUCAAGGCCCAUUAAUAAAGCUUCAAAUCAGUUGUAAUAUUUUUUUCAGAAGAGCCUGCAUUAUUCUAAAUUAAUGUAUGUUAACAAGUCAAAAUGUAAAAAUAUUAAAAAUAAAACAUUUUUGAAGUGUUUGCCAAUUUUUGUUAAGCAACUGUGGUGUGAUAGAAAAUAAUUUGUUUGUGACUGGUGAACUAUUUAUAUUGAAAAAGUUGUCACCAUUCAAGUGUAGAUUUAAGAACUUACUACUUUUUUAUUUAAUUCACGUAACAUCUGCACUAAACAUAAUUAGGGAAAAUGGUGUUGGGGGUGGGGGAGGGUGGAUAUUACUGGAUCAAAACAGGAAAGUGUAAUUGAUUCCUUAUUUAAAAGUCAGUCUUUCUGACCAAAGUAUGGUUUAGUGUUAACUAUUAUGUAUAAUUGAAUAAUAGGGGCUAUUUGCGUAAAUGUAAUGACUGAGACAGGAGAGCUUCUCAUUAGUCAAAGAAUAAGGAAACAA